GACACAACUAGAGGCGUCAGUUUCUUCCAGUCAUUUUGCUGAUUCAGUAGCUACAGUAGCUGCCUGCAGUAGGUAAAUAUCAUGGCUGACACCGAAACCCCCCCUGCUGAAGCCCCCCCUGCCCCGGCAGAAGAAAAGCCUGCGGAGGAGAAACCCCCCGAGCCUACAACCUGCGAACCCCCUAAACCUCCUCCUGCCGAAAAGGGGUCGAAGGGGCCACUAGAUUAUAUAGCAGGGCUGUUUAAGGACGACGAUGAGCAGAAAGGAGAUGUCAAGGUCAACAUCAAACAAUGUGAGAUGACAGAUGAAAUGAAGGAACAUGCCACCAAGACUGCAACUCCCCUCGUAGCGGAGAAGAAGCCUCACAAGGACAUCGCGUCCGCUCUGAAGAAAGAGUUCGACACCAAGUACGAGCCCACAUUCAUCUGUAUCGUGGGGACGGAUUUCGGAUCCUCCAUCACUCAUGCGAAGGAUACAUUCAUCUACAUGUACCUGAACAAAACCGCCAUCAUGCUCUUCAAGGUGUAGAGGUCAGAGGUCAGGGGUCAGGCCAGGACCUGCAAAGGAGAGUUCACGAUGUCAUCUUGGUGUAGCUCUAUGAAAUAAGUCAAAACAACGACUUUUAAAAUGGCCUGUCAUUGCACGAUCAAAAGAAACAACCCUUUUCAAUGCUCUUCAAGUUCUGAAUUGAAAGUAAUUCUUAAAUGCAUCUUUGGCCAGUACUUUACUGUUAGAAUUUUACUCUCAUUGCUUUGGUGAAACUCUGGAAGGGAAAUUUUGUUCUUAAACUUUUAGAAGUGUUUCCUUUUGCAAACACUACUUCUUAUAGGUGCUGAGUAAGUUUUCAGAAAGGUGAAGAAAGGCAGACCCAACGAAAUUACUAGGUUGUUCACCCUUCCCAUAUUAAUUCUUUGGCAUAGGAUGGUCAUAGGUAGUGUAAUAAAACAAUAGGGUCUGAUUAGAGUGGUUGGAAGGAUGCAUUAUGCAUUGUCUAUUCAAACCCAAAUGGUUUUACGACACUACCACAAACCUACCACAACCCUAUAUAGCUAACCAUUAUUGGAAGUGUGAAAAAGGUGAAUACAAUCAGUAAUAUACUAACCAAAACCAAGAUGAAACAAAGCACCAACUUCGUUACUGUAGUAUCUAACGUGUCUUAGCUUACUAUUCCUGUGAAUGUUUUCACUUAUUACGGAUUCCACAAAAUGAUUGUAACAAGGACACUAUAUAAUACUUCUAUAUAAUGUCCUUGAUUAAAACAACUACAUGUAUACAACUUACAAGCAUUGUUCAUCAAAACUACAAUUUUGUUUGUUACCUACACGUGUAUGUUAUCAAGGGCAUUGUAACAAUUACUGGGUGCUAAUAUUGAAUAAAAGUUUGGGAAACACA